ACUUCCACAUUUGCUCCCGGGCUGGAGGAGAUCCGGUGCCCCUCUGCCGAGAGGGACAGUCCCAGACUCUUCCUGAACACGAGCUGCAGCCCCCGCCACCUUGCCGACUCUUCUAGAAGUAGCUUAGCCUUUAUGUGCCUUGGGUUUUACCUCUUGAAGCUGUUUACUCGGACUCACUGGUUGUGCAGUUAUUCCCCAUUCGUGGAACAGUUGACAAGGAUUUUUAAUGCAGUCCAAAUGAGGGGUUCGGUUCAUUUUAGCUCCUUUGCUUCCAAACCAGGGGGAAGGGACAGCUUCAGCCCCUCUGUCUUCUCCUUGUCUAUGAUGACCAGGCUGGAAUCCUGCAGCAUCAAACCUUGAACUGCACCUUUCCCUCUUCCUGAGCUGACUGACUUGGCAUCCUUUUGCCUGUGAGCAGCAAAUCCUUGACUUCUUCAGUUUUCUGAGGCAUGUCAACAGAUUCCUAUCAGUUUUAUAACUAGAAGAAAAAGAUGAUUCAAAAAUAAUCUCUGGCUGGGCUAUGGUGCUGCGCCUUUGAUCCCAACACUCGGGAGGCAGAGGCAGAUGGAUCUGCAAGUUCCAGGCCAGCCUAGGUUACAGAGAGAGUUCCAGGACAGCCAGGGCUACACAGAGAAACCGUCUCAAAAACCCAAUAAAUCAUCAUCAUCAUCAUCAUCAUCAUCAUCAUCAUCAUCAUCUCUGGGCUGCGCGGUGAUUGUGCAGACCUCUGGAAAUGGGCUGCUCUCUGUACUUAUGCACUCUUCAUCUCUGAUUGUUUCAGGUGGCCUUCAUGGCUGUUCCACAUGAUUCACAGGAAACUUCCUAUCUGCUCCCUCCAAACCCUGAGGACUGGGAGGGACGAGACAUCCCAGACUUUGUUUAUGGACAGAAGGACCUCGUAGGGAAGGGAAUUCAGUGGCCAAGGAAUGCACCCAGCACCCUGGACAAACUGCCACGGUCCCGCUUCGACUCUGCCCUCUGCUCUGCGUGGAUACAGCGAGUGGAACUGGGCCUGUUUCGAUACCGCCUAGAAGACCUGCAGACCCAAAUCCUCCCUGGUUCCGUGGGGUUUGUAGCUCAGCUGAAUAUAGAGCGAGGAGUACAGAGGAGGCGCCCUCAGAAAAUCAGAAGUGUAAGGCAGGAGUUUGACCCUCAACAGUUUAACUUCAAUAAAAUCCGACCCGGAGAAGUCCUUUUCCGUUUGCAACGGGAGCCUAACGGCCCAGCUGCCCCAAAGCAAGAGGACAUCCUUGUGGUGAUCAACGUCAGCCCCCUGGAGUGGGGCCAUGUGCUGCUGGUGCCUGAGCCUGCUCGUGGGCUCCCCCAGCGCCUGCUGCCCGGGGUGCUGCGGGCCGGACUUGAAGCUGUGUUCCUGAGCUUUCACCCAGGCUUCAGAGUAGGCUUCAACAGCCUGGGGGCUUUGGCCUCUGUGAACCACCUGCACCUGCAUGGCUACUACCUGGCCCACCCACUGCCUGUGGAGGGCGCCCCAAGCACACCUCUGGAUCCAAAGGGCUGUAUACAUCUGCUGCAGUCGCUCCCAGCUCCUGGCUUCCUCUUUUACGCUAAUGGGCCAGGGCCUGACUUGGAAGCCUUGAUUAGCAGGGUAUGCCGGGCCACUGACUAUCUGAGUGACCACGAGAUUGCACAUAACUUAUUUGUGACCCGGGGAGCUCCGCCUGGGCAGGCAUCCUCUUCCUCGGGCCUCACUGGGAUCCGAGUCAUUCUGUGGGCCCGGAAGUCCAGCUUCGGAAUUAAGGAAAGCGGGGCUUUCAACGUUGCGCUCUGUGAGCUGGCUGGCCACCUGCCGGUUAAAACAUCCCAGGACUUCGACAGCUUGACCGAGGCAGCUGCGGUGGCCCUCAUUCAGGACUGUCUGCUGCCCCAAACUCAGGCAGAGGAGGUGCAGGCAGCGCUGGUGGCCCUGGUGGCCCAGGAAGAGCCGUGAUUCUUCAGUUCUUUCUUUAAUGAUGCGAGACCCUUUCCAAAGACUCAAUCACCGGCAUCUGGGCAUUUCAUGACUACCUCCCACCUCUCAGCUUGAGGAGUAUAGAGAAAGCACUGAAUGAAUGUAUUCUCCUGAAGGUUUCAAUUGCUUCUCAUCUCUCUUCUUAGACAAGCCCCAGGGGUAACAGAUCUGCCAUUAAGGGCCAGCGAGGUCACUCAGUAGGGGGAUGAGUGCUUGCUGCCAAGCCUGUCAACCUGGGUUCACCCUCCAGAACCCACAUGGUAAAGGUUGUCCUCUGAGUCUCACAUACACACCCAUAUGUGUACACAUAAAUGAAAGUGAAUGUAUCUCAAAUAAAGUAAAUGUACCAGGGGGUGGUGGCACACACCUUCAAUCCCAGCACUGAGGGGGGCAGGGGGAGUGGGCGGCAGAGGCAGGGAGAUCUCUGAAUUCCAGGUCAAAUUCCAGGACAGUGAAGGCUGCACGAAGAACCCCUGUCUGGGGCUGGGGGUCGUGGGGGAGAGGAAAUCAGUGAGUGUGGGAGCUCACACUCCUGUUCUGUCUGGCUUUGCCUUUGGUGAGAAUCCUUGCCUCUGCUUUGCUGGGUUAUGGAUGCAUCCAGCUACCAUUUCCUUGAUUUUCCUUUGCUCUUGUCCCUUUCCCAACCACUGCCUUCUUCUUCUCCUUCUUCUUCUUCUUCUCCUUCUUCUUCUUCUUCUUCUUCUUCUUCUUCUUCUUCUUCUUCUCCUCCUCCUCCUCCUCCUCCUCCUCCUCCUCCUCCUCCUCCUCCUUCUUCUUCUUCUUUUUUUUAAUAGAUGGAGUCUGCUCUGUUGCCCAAGCUAGCCUCAAACCUCUCAAAUCAAAGAACUAACCCCCACCCCACCCCCACCCCCCGUCUUAGUUCCCUGAAUCUCCGGGUCUCCAGCUUUGUCUGUGACUGGUUUUGCCUCUCCCUUGUACUUGGCACUGUUUCAUCCUGGGGCUCAACCUCCUGUCUCUCUGAAACUCCAUCCUAAAUGUUCUUCUAGCCCCCAAUAACAGAGCUGACUAGUGAGUUCAAAGCCGUCUUAGGUUACGUACCAAGUCUACCUCUUUGUUUGUUUUCGAGACAGAGUUUCUCUGUGUAGCUUUGGAGCCUGUCCUGGAACUCACUCUCUAAACCAGGCUGGCCUCGAACUCUCAGAGAUCUGCCUGCCUCAAGUGCUGGGACUAAAAGCGUGCGCCACCACUGCCUGACCAAAAAAAUUUUUUAAAUGCUAGUCAUAGACUAGAGAGAGUGCUCAGGGGGCAAAGGUACUUGUCACCAAGCACAAUGACAGGAGUUUAAUCCCUAGGACUAAUAUUCCUGCACAAGAUUUGAACAAGAUCAAGCCAAGCCAACCAACAUUCCAAUACAGAUGGGGAGUCUUUUUUUUUUUCUUUUGGUUUUUCGAGACAGGGUUUCUUUGUGUAGCUUUGUGCCUUUCCUGGAACUCAAUAUUGUAACCCAGACUGGCCUCGAACUCACAGAGAUACGCCUGGCUCUGCCUCCCAAGUGCUGGGAUUAAAGGCUUGUGCCACCACUGCCCGGCUAGAUGGGGAGUCUUUGAAGACACAGUUUAUUUAAGUAGAUUUCAGGGAAUCUAUUUUUUUUGUUUGUUUGUUUUUUGAGACAGGAUUUGUCUACAUAGCCCUGGCUGUCCUGGAACUUACUGUGUAGACCAGGCAAGCCUUGAAUGCUGAAUGAGAUCUGCCUGUAAUGCUAGGAUUAAACAUGAGCACCCAACACACAGCCUUUUUAGGAAUUCUAGUUCACACCUAGAACUCUCUGUAGCUCAGGAUGACCUUGAACUUCUGACUCUCCUGCCACCCCCUCCCACAUGCUGGGGUCACAGAUGAAUGCCACUAUGUCUGUUUCCUGGGAUGUUGGAGAUCAAACCCAGGGCUUUGUGAGCAUUAGGCCAUCAGUCUACCCAACUGAUCUACAUCCCAACCCCAUGUCUUUACGUUCAUUAAUUUACUUAGUGUGUGUGAGUGUGUGUCUAGAUUAGGGGAUAAAUUUGGGGAAGUCUGUUUUCUCCUACCUUAGGAAUCCUGAGGUGUUUCUAACUUAGUCCCUCAGCCUUGGCUUCCUUUAUCUGCUGAGCCCUCUUGAAGCCCCUGCCCUUAUUUAUUUUAUGCAAAUGCCUUGAUUUAAAUUAUGAGGUUACUACCAGAUUACAUCACUUUUCAGAGUCAGUAACCUAAUGAUCUUGAGAAGUAUAGAAAAGAACUUGGCAAGGGAUAUCAAGUCCUAAAUACACACUUUUUGUUCUCUUGUUAUAGGUAUGAAAUUUAAAUUUAAAAGAUUGGACACUUAGCAUGCGUAUCUUACAGAAUUCCAUCUACGUUAUGAACUCACUCUCCUGAAGAAAUGUCAUACUCAACAACACCUUAAAUUUAAGGGAGAGUUUGAUGGUGCAGGCUUCAAAGUAAAUAAGUACAUAGUAUUGACCCGUUGAGGACCAAAUGUUUCAUUUGUUUACAGCUCAGAUGUCAGGGUGACGUAACCUUAGGGUACGUUUUUCCUGCACUUAGAAUGUUGGCUUAUUUACUUACUUGAAACCCCUUUAAGGAGUAACAAGGUCAGCAUAUUUGUUAUAUAUAUAUAUAUAUAUAUAUAUAUAUAUAUAUAUAUAUAUAUAUAUAUAUAUAUAUAUAUAUUUGUCUUUGUUUUUCAAGACAGGGUUUCUCUAACAGCUCUGGCUGGUUGUUCUGGAACCCACUCUGUAGACCAGGCUGGCCUCAAACUCAGAGAUCCACCUGUCUACCUCCCAAGUGCUGGGAUUAAAGGUGUGUACCACCACCACCUGGCUAGAAUAAUACUUUCUUAAAUCACAUAGAAUGCUGUUUUUUUUUUUUUUUUUAGUUUUUCGAGACAAGGUUUCUCUGUGUAGCUUUGGAGCCUGUCCUGGAACUCACUCUGUAGCCCAGGAUGGCCUGGAACUCACAGAGAUCCACCUGCCUCUGCCUCCUGAGUGCUGGGACUAAAGGCAUGCGCCACCACCGCCCGGCAGAAUGCUGAUUUUAAGACUAAAAGAAUGAGUGUCUGGAGAGGUGGCUCAGCAGUGAAGAGCACUUACUCCUCUUAUAGAGAACCAGGGUUUACUGUGGAAAUUAGUAUGGCAGUUUCUCAGAAAAUUGGGAAUCGAUCUACCUCAAGACCCAGCCAUACCACUGUUGAGCAUAUACCCAAGGAAUGCUCAAUCAUACCACAAAGAUACAUGCUCAACUAUGUUCAUAGCAGCAUUAUUCGUAAUAGCCAGAACCUGGGAACAACCUAGAUGCCCGUCAACUGAAGAAUGGAUUAAGAAAAUGUGGUACAUCUACACAAUGGAAUA